UGACGUCGUAUCUAGUGCUCUAGUGUAGGGAAUAGGUUGUGGCUUGGUAUUCAGCCUUACACAAGGUGUAAAAUCAGGCAAAUAAAUAAAUGUGACAAAAUUCGCGGUUGCACGUUUUAACCCAAGUGUGAAGGCAGUCCUAAAAAGUGCAGGAUCAGUUGUUUGUUUCUACUCCAGAUGGAUCCAGUGCUGUAUCUCGGUGUUUUGGUUAUUUUGUUGCUUCUGUGGAUCAGGAUAAAAGGCUUAGAUUAUGUUCUAAUUCACCAGCGAUGGAUAUUUGUUUGCCUUUUCCUUCUGCCCUUGUCUGUGGUGUUUGAUGCCUAUUAUUAUGUGCGAGCUUGGAUCAUCUUUAAGAUGUGCUCAGCGCCCAAGCUGCACAAGCAGCGGGUCCGGGACAUCCAGAGACAGGUUCGUGAGUGGAAGAAGGAGGGAGGAAAGGCAUAUAUGUGCACUGGACGUCCUGGCUGGCUGACCGUGUCUCUGAGGGUGGGGAAAUAUAAGAAGACUCACAAGAAUAUAAAAAUCAAUAUGAUGGAUAUUCUAGAGGUGGACACAGAAAGACAGGUGGUACGUGUGGAGCCCUUGGUAAAUAUGGGUCAAGUGACAGCCUUAUUGAAUUCCAUCGGCUGGACGCUGCCUGUAUUACCUGAGCUUGAUGAUCUCACAGUAGGGGGUUUGGUAAUGGGCACAGGGAUUGAGUCCUCGUCUCAUAUUUAUGGCCUGUUCCAACACAUCUGUGUGGCUUUUGAGCUGGUACUGGCAGAUGGCAGUCUGGUUCGCUGCACUGAGAAAGAGAACUCGGAGCUGUUCUAUUCAGUCCCGUGGUCCUGCGGAACCCUGGGCUUCUUGGUGGCAGCUGAGAUUCACAUUAUUCCAGCUCGGAAGUGGGUGAGGCUGUGCUACAAGCCCGUGCGGGGUUUGGAUGCCAUCUGUAAGGUGUUUGCAGAGGAGUCAGCUAACAAAGAGAACCAUUUUGUGGAAGGGCUGCAGUAUUCGCUCAACGAGGCUGUUAUUAUGACUGGAGUUAUGACUGACCACGCCGAGCCUGACAAGAUCAAUCGCAUUGGUCACUUCUACAAGCCCUGGUUCUUUAAGCACGUGGAGAAGUACCUGAAGGAGGAUGGAAUUGGUGUGGAGUACAUCCCACUCAGACACUACUACCACAGACACACACGAAGCAUCUUCUGGGAGCUACAGGACAUCAUUCCUUUUGGGAAUAACCCGCUGUUCAGGUAUUUGUUUGGCUGGAUGGUUCCUCCUAAGAUCUCCCUGCUGAAGCUGACUCAGGGCGAGACCAUCCGCCGGCUUUACGAGCAGCAUCACGUGGUUCAGGACAUGCUGGUGCCCAUGAAACACAUGCACACGGCCAUCUCACACUUCCACAAGAACAUUCAUGUGUAUCCCUUAUGGCUGUGCCCAUUCAUAUUGCCCAGUCGGCCAGGCAUGGUGCAUCCUAAAGGAGAUGAAGAUGAGCUGUAUGUGGAUAUUGGAGCAUACGGGGAACCCCAAGUCAAACACUUUGAGGCUCGGGCCUCAACACGCCAGCUUGAGAAGUUUGUCCGAGAUGUACACGGUUUCCAGAUGCUUUAUGCUGAUGUGUACAUGGACCAGCAAGAAUUCUGGGAAAUGUUUGAUGGUGAGCUGUAUCAUAAGCUAAGGGAGGAGCUGGACUGUGAGCAGGCAUUUCCUGAAGUGUACAACAAAAUCUGCAAAGCUGCAAGACACUAAAUUCAGUCCUGAUUGAAAUACAGGAAAAAGAGAAAAUGGAAUUAAUUAAAAUUAUAAGCUCGUGAAAAGUCAACCAGCUGUAGACAGUAUUACCAGCUAUCUUUUUUAAUUGGAUUUUUAAGACUAGUCAUAUACACUUGAGCCUUCUUACAUUUAAAUAUUUUUUGGCAAGCAAUAUAAAUAAAGGGAAUAUCAGUAAAAUAUAUUUUCUACACUGAAUAUUGUCCUUUUUUACGUGCAUCUAAAUGAUAUAUUUUGUCAGUGAAAGUAUAAAAUGAAAGUAUAUUUUAAUACCUAUUUCCCCAGUGUCAUUCUCAUAGUAAAUCUGCCUUCAAGCUCUAGGGCAAAUUGCUGUCCAAGUUUGCCUUGUAUAUCAACGCACAACUUUAUAACUCGUGACAGCAGGUAUUGCUUUUCCAUAAGUGCCACCUGUAAAACCUCCUUAAUGUAUUUUUUUCUCUUACAAAUGAACAAAACACAAAAUACAGACUGCUCUUAUGUCAAUGAAGUGUGUCUUUAAAUUAUUCUUUUUUUUUUCACUUUUGCCAACAUUGUUGGUUUUAGAUCGUGACCCUCUUACAGUAUUGUGUUUGCUGCUUAGAUCACACAAGAUUUUGGCAUGUGAACAUUAGCAAUCUUAUUGUUCCAAUCUCAAGACUGGUUUCUGGGUUCAUUCUCAGUAGCCCAGAUAAUUUUCAUUAUUUAAUCCUGAUGUAUUUCUGUUAUAAGGGGUUUGGGAUGUGUGUGCUGUAUAUGGUGCAAUAAAAUUCAAAUCUGUCAAUA